CCCGGGGCCGGGCGCAGAGGUGCCCUCCUGGGAGUUCCGCCGAGGCCACGAGGCGGGGCGCCGUCGCUCACCGGCCCAUGCCGAGCCCCCGAGCCCCGCGAAGGAGGCGGGACCGUCCUCGACAGGACAGCAGGCUCCCUGAGGACUGCUCCGCCAGCCCACCGUCCCUUCCCCAGAGCUGCCCUCAGAACCAUGGAGAGUCUGAGUGAACUACAGAACCCGCUGCUGCCUCGGAGCCCUGCCCACCUCCACGGCCCCUACCCCUACCCUGAGGCCUCGCCCAGCUGGUCAUGCCAGGAGAAGCUCUACUCCUUCCUGCUGGGAGGUGCUGGCCCUGCUCACCCCCACCAGUUCCUGGACCCAGGGUCCCUGCAGCUGGCCGUGGAGGCCUGGUACAGGCCUAGCUGCCUCUUGGGGAGGGACACGGUCAAGGAGCCCAGAGCAGACAGCUGUGAGACCAGCUUCACAGAGAGCCGGGAGCUCCAGGCGGGGCCCACAGAACCUGGCCAAGCAGAAGAAGAUGUCACCAUCCAGACUGUGUCCUAUGGGGUUCAAGAGGAGCUACAAGGACAGGAGGAUGACCAGGAAGAGGAGGAGAGCGAUGCAACCUCUACGGAGAGCGAGAGUGAAGACGACUUCCUCGCACUGCCGCCCAGGGACCACCUGGGGCUUACUAUCUUCUCCAUGCUCUGCUGUUUCUGGCCACUGGGCAUCGCUGCCUUCUACUUCUCCCAGGGGACCAGCAAGGCUAUCUCCAAGGGGGACUUCCGCCUGGCCAGCACCACCUCCCGCAAGGCCCUCUUCCUGGCCACACUCUCCAUUGCUGUGGGCGCCGGUCUCUAUGUGGCUGUGGUGGUGGCUCUGGCAGCUUACAUGUCCCACAGUGGUCAUGGCUAGCGGCCAGUCUCGUCUAGCAUCCCCACUCCCCUGCUCCACCUGAGGGGGCAGCGGGGCUUGAGGUUGCAGACUCUCUGGAAAGCCCUGCCCCCGAAGACAAGCCGUGAAGGUGGCUUGUUUGGGGACACCUCCCCGGGUGCAGCCUGCAGGGCUCAAAGUUUCCUUCCUCUUGCCCACCGCCCCAAGCCCCAGAGCAGGGCCAGGGCACCACUCUCCAGCCUGGGCUGUGUCGGGAAGCAGGAGAGGGUAAGGCUGCCCACCCACACCAAUCAGGCAGGCCCACAUCUCGCUUCAUGCCAGCAUGGAGCUCAGCCCCUUCUGCCCACUCCCUAGAAUGACUCUGCCCUCAGGCAGCCCACUCCCCAACUCCGCCAACCUCUCCACAGAGAAGGAGCAGGAGGUUAUAGGGAGGGAAAGCAAUACCUGGGGCAGGGGACCUGACCCAGUCCUUUCAGCUCUUACGAGUCUCCACACCGGGGACAGCAUAAGCUUCCCCAUUUCCACUCUCCGGCCUCAUGACGCCCAAACCCCAGCGAGCCAGGAGGGAAAUACAUGGAGACACAGGGGCCCCUUGCUCUUUCUGGCCCUGGGCGGUGCUUAUCUCUCCCGAGGGCUUGUAAGAUGCUAUAGUUUCUAGACAGAGGAGUCUCAGGCAUGGAAACUCUGUACUAAGGCCAGGUUCUUGGAGCUUCUCUGCAGGAACCAAAGGUAAAUGCAAUGACAGAGGACCCAAAAUAUGGCCAGACCACAUGGGGCUCCACACUCUGUCCCCGGACCCUGCUCCCCUCACUUUUUUCUGGGCUCCUUCUCGGGGGCCUGAGAGGGCACCCUCCCAGAUAAAUGGAGAGAGAGUACUGUCAGCAGCCCACCAGCCGCUGAGCCCAGGGCCUUACAUCUUACGGGAAACUAGCAAUGAGAAACCCUCGCUGGGUAUAGUAGGUGUAAACGAGGGGAGGGACACAGGGCUGGCAUGACUGCUAAGGAGCCAGCCAGCAGGGCUCAGGAAGGCUUCCUGGAGGAGGUGUCCCUUUGGCAAGGUCUAGAAAGAUGAGGGGAAUUUAUCUAAGGGAUGUGUUUUCCCAUAACCCUUCUUAUUCAUGGACAGUGGUGUGACAGGAACCUUUCGAGGCGGGUUCCAAGCUGUUUGAAUUAUGCCCAGAGCAUGUGGGCUGGACCCAAACUGCAGCCAUUUCUGAGGCUCCACCAACUCAGAGAAGAAGGUUGGCUCUGUCUCUCAAAGACCAGUGAUGUUUUCCCACCUCUGAAUGCUGGGGCUCAGUGGUGGGCCCCUGGUUGGCCUUGGGGCUUCUUUGCUGAUGCCCCCAUACAGAGCUGCUCUCAACACCCCAGCCACUAGGGAACAUCCAGAAUUUCAGGGACAUACAGGCAGGCAGCACAUUGAAAGAUGAGGCUGUCAGGGCUCAAGCUAUAGGACCUCACUGUGCAUGAUUCCGGGAGUCUGGUCAUUCCAGGGCCCCAUCCAGAGCCUGGGGCUGCGGCUCCAGCACGGACUCACCUCGUCCCACCGUCCUCCCUCAGCCCCGGUGUCACCCAGCCCUCCAUCUCCUUCAUCCCUUAAAGUCCCACAGGCCCAGGAUCAGCA